GAACUUGCAGUGAUUUGGAGCCGUAUCCUACUUAGACUAAUGUGGGUCUUCCAGGUUUCCUAAGAGCUUGUACAGCGACACACUCUGCUCGUUGAUUGGCACAGACAAGAAUGCCAUCUCUGCCUCAGGAAAGAGUUAUUCAGGGACCCACUCCCCUGGAUCUGAAUACAGAAUUGCCUUAUCAAAGCACAAUGAAAAGGAAAGUCAGAAAGAAGAAAAAGAAGGGAACCAUUACAGCAAAUGUUGCUGGGACAAAGUUUGAAAUUGUUCGUUUAGUAAUAGAUGAAAUGGGAUUUAUGAAAACGCCAGAUGAGGAUGAAACAAGCAAUCUUAUAUGGUGUGAUUCUGCUGUCCAGCAAGAGAAGAUUGCAGAGCUGCAAAAUUACCAGAGGAUCAACCAUUUUCCAGGAAUGGGGGAGAUCUGUAGGAAGGAUUUCCUAGCAAGAAAUAUGACCAAAAUGAUCAAGUCUCGGCCUCUGGAUUAUGCCUUUGUUCCUCGAACAUGGAUCUUCCCUGCUGAAUAUACACAAUUUCAAAACUAUAUGAAAGAAUUAAAGAAAAAAAGAAAGCAGAAGACUUUUAUAGUAAAGCCAGCUAAUGGUGCAAUGGGUCAUGGGAUUUCUUUGAUAAGAAAUGGUGACAAGCUUCCAUCUCAGGAUCAUUUGAUUGUUCAAGAAUAUAUUGAAAAGCCUUUCCUAAUGGAAGGUUACAAGUUUGAUUUAAGAAUUUAUAUCUUGGUAACAUCAUGUGAUCCACUAAAAAUAUUUCUCUACCAUGAUGGACUUGUGCGAAUGGGAACAGAGAAGUACAUUCCACCUAAUGAGUCCAACUUGACCCAGUUAUACAUGCAUCUGACAAACUACUCUGUGAACAAGCAUAAUGAACGUUUUGAAAGGGAUGAAACUGAAAACAAAGGCAGCAAACGUUCCAUCAAAUGGUUUACAGAAUUCCUACAAGCAAAUCAGCAUGAUGUGGCUAAGUUUUGGAGUGAUAUUUCAGAAUUGGUGGUGAAGACUCUGAUUGUAGCAGAACCUCAUGUCCUACAUGCGUAUCGAAUGUGCAGACCUGGUCAACCUCCAGGAAGUGAAAGUGUCUGCUUUGAAGUCCUGGGAUUUGAUAUUUUGUUGGAUAGAAAACUAAAGCCAUGGCUGCUGGAGAUCAAUCGUGCUCCGAGCUUUGGCACUGAUCAGAAAAUAGACUAUGAUGUGAAAAAGGGAGUGCUGCUAAAUGCGCUGAAGCUACUAAAUAUUAGGACCAGUGAUAAAAGGAAAAACUUGGCUAAACAAAAAGCUGAAGCUCAAAGGAGGCUUUAUGGUCAGAAUUCAAUAAAAAGACCCUUACCAGGUUCCUCAGAUUGGGAACAACAGAGACAUCAGUUGGAGAAGCGGAAAGAAGAGCUGAAGGAGAGACUAGCUCAGGUACGGAAGCAGAUCUCGAAAGAAGAACACGAAAAUCGACACAUGGGGAAUUACAGGAGAAGACAGGGGCCCUCUAAGCUCUUUGUGUUCCUGGAAAGACUACCCCUCCUCCCAAGAUUUGAUAAUGACUCAGCAGAAUUAGGAGAAUUUGACAUCAUUGAACUUCCUGCCCUCCGGCGAAUUUAUCCUCCUGAAGAUAAAACACUACUUGAAAAGUAUGAAAAUUUGUUGGCUGUUGCCUUUCAGACCUUCCUUUCAGGAAGAGCGGCUUCAUUCCAGCGAGAGCUGAAUAAUCCUUUGAAAAGGAUGAAGGAGGAAGACAUUUUGGAUCUUCUGGAACAAUGUGAAAUUGAUGAUGAAAAGCUGAUGGGCAAAACUACCAAGUCUCGAGGACCAAAGCCCCUGUCUUCCAUGCCUGAGAGUACCGAGAUAAUGAAAAGACAGAAGUACUACAGCAGUGACAGCAGCUAUGGCAGUAGCAACAGCUCUUCAGAAUCCGACGAAAAUGAGAAAGACGAGUACCAAAACAAGAAAAGAGGAAAGCAAGUUACAUAUAAUCUUAAACAGUCCAACCACUACAAAUUAAUCCAACCAUCCAGCUCCAUAAGGCGUUCAGUCAGUUGUCCUCGGUCCAUCUCUUCUCAGUCACCAUCCUGUGCAGACAUCCGCCCCUUUUCUGCUCAACAAGUGAUAUCAGCAUCCCGGCCGAUUUCAGGGUCUCGGUCACAUUCUUUAAACCGUGCCUCCUCCUACACGAGGCAUCUGCCUCAAAGUAAUGAUGCCAGCUCCUCUGACUCUCUGACGAGUGAGUCUUUGCGGAAACUGAGACCAAAAGAUCAAGAAGAUGAUCUAACAAGUCAGACCUUAUUUGUUCUCAAGGAUAUGAAGAUCCGGUUUCCAGGAAAAUCAGAUGCAGAAUCAUUAAUUCUGAUAGAAGAUAUCAUUGAUAACUGGAAGUAUCAUAAAACAAAAGUGGCUUCAUAUUGGCUCAUAAAAUUGGACUCUGUAAAACAACGAAAAGUUUUGGACAUAGUAAAAACAAGUAUCCGUGCAGUUCUUCCACGUAUCUGGAAGGUACCUGAUGUUGAAGAAGUGAAUUUGUAUAGGAUUUUCAACCGAGUUUUUAAUCGCUUACUCUGGAGUCAUGGCCAAGGUCUAUGGAACUGUUUUUGUGAUUCAGGAUCCUCUUGGGAGAGUAUUUUCAAUAAAAGCCCGGAAAUGGUGACUCCUUUGCAGCUUCAAUGUUGCCAGCGCCUGGUUGAGCUUUGUAAACAGUGCCUGCUAGUGGUUUACAAAUACGCAAGUGACUCAAGAGGAUCACUCUCAGGCAUUGGUACUGACUGGGGUAAUUCCAGGUAUUUACUACCAGGAAGUACACAAUUCUUCAUGAGAACACCAAACUACAACUUGAAAUACAGUUCACCUGGAAUGGCUCGCUCCAAUGUUUUGUUUACAUCUCGAUAUGGCCAUUUGUGA